UUGUAUGACGAUGUCGAGAAAAAAAAACAAAAGUUCUUCAAGAUGCGAAUUUUUUCAAACAUACUUGUUUUUUUUAAAUCUCAUCUGUCCCUUUUUCAAAUAGUGGCAUUUUCUUAUUUGUGGCUUAAAAAUGUUUCUCUAUCUUUUAUAAUGGAACAAAUCUCUAUUUCGGAAAAUACUGCAGUAGAUUGGGCAACUUUUCACAGAGAAGUCAUUUUUGACUGUAUGAUUAUACGUCAUGAGAAGAUUGGUGAGUUUGUAAAAUUAAAAUUAAAAUGAUUUAAAUAUUUUGAAUUUUUUAUGAGAUACAUACAAAUCCAUACCCUUAACUUAUGUAAUAAACGUAAUACAAUUUUAAAUAUUUCAAAUAUUAACUAUAAAAGGUGGAAUAGGCAAAACAGUCGAAAUUUGGUCGACGUAAAUACCAUCGUGGCCAUCGAGUAGAAGGCCAGUGGAUUUUUGGAGGAAUUCGCGUGGUAGCUAAACUGCAAUUGUUCUGCAUUAGGCGCAUUAGCUUUUUUUUUGUUCUUAUGAAGUUCGCUGUUAUCAGUUGUAAAAUCGGAAAUCUGUACCCGUCCCAAUAUGAACAUGGCAACACUGUCGGACUGUUGCAGCCUUGCAACCGUUACAGAGAACUAAAAGAAAGUGAACAAUUACAUAUAAUGUAUAUCAAUAGUUGCGACUUUGCUAGACGCUAGUUAGUAGUUACAUUGUUAACAAUCGUCCAACAUAUCAAUUGCUAUAGGCUAUAGGUAAUAAUCAUAUUUUAUUAUUUCACUUUUCACUCUAUUUAUAAUAUCGUUUAAUAUAACAGUUAAUCUAAUAAUCUGUUUAUAGUUACUAAUAUUUCAAUUUACUUUUUAUUAUCUAAUUUACUAAAACACGGCGGUCGCGGUGUAAAUAAUAAAUUAAAACUUGUUGAUCAAGUAACUGUUGUACAAAUUGAACGAAUAUUUGUCUGGUGAUCAUCACCGCUGUAUCGAUGAAAUGUACGUGUAACGACAUUAUAAUAUAUUCGUUACACCAAUAGAAUUAUUAGUUUGUAACGAAAAUAGCAGUAACGACCGAUCACAAUUUGUUAUCAUUUUUAAUUCAUUAGCCGUAAUUAUUGUAAACAUCUUAAUUAAAUAUUCACAAACAUUAACUUGGACUCAUUACCAUUCAUGAUACGUUUGAUAAGAUUAUUUAAUAUGCAUUAAGGAUAGAGCCGCGGUAAUCAACUUGUAACUCAUACAAUAACGUUUUAUUAUCCGAACGAGUCUCAAAUAUUAAUCGGUACAAUUGUACUAUAUUAAGAAAUUGCUAACGCAGAAAACCCGGUCUCACAGAGGUACAAAGUUGCAAAAGGUGUUAAAUUUUUCAAAGCUUUGGUGGCCAAUUUGCUGUAUUGUAGUUUCAAAUGCGUCCAAAAUUGUGUUAACGACGAUGAUCCAAACAUGGACUUCAUUGUGGAAUCUGAUGUUACAUCGAUCCACUGUUCUUGUUCAAUAGAUGACAAAUUUGUUGGAAGAUUAUACAUUUGCUGUGAUACUUUAAUACAUUAAGAGCAGUUAAUAUGGUGAAUAUGCAGUUUUUUUAAGUAUUUUUUGUGAUUAAUAAUUAGCAAAAUUUUGUUGAUAAUUUAUAUAUCAGACCAUUUUAUUUUAUCUUAUAUAUCUUUAAAAUAAAUAAUUAUUAAUACAAUUAUUACUUAAAAUAUAUCAUGUUUACACUAAUGAAAUUGGCAUUUCAUGCAUGCGAUGAAAGAAGCAAAUACUGGUAUAACACUAUCCCCAAAAAUGUUAUCAAAAUUGAUAUUAGAAGUUGUUGUGAUGAUCUUAUUCAAAUAACCAAGGGGAAAACAAGUGUAAAUAAUACAAAUACAGUAUGUGAAACUGCCUCAACAUAUGGACAUUUAGACUGUUUGAUGCUUGCUCAUCAGAUGCAAUUUUCUUGGAACAGUAAGACAUGUUCUGCUGCAGCCAGAAAUGGGCAAUUGGAAUGUUUAAUGUAUGCACAUGAAAAUGGAUGCUCCUGGAAUCAAUAUACAUGUUCUUUAGCUGCACUUAAUGGACAUAUAAAUUGUUUAAAAUAUGCACAUGAAAACAAUUGUCCGUGGAACUCGCAAACAAUAGACUGUGCUAUAAAAAAAGGAUAUUUAGAAUGUUUAACAUAUGCUCACGAACAUGGAUGUCCAUGGGGUAUACUGUCAUGUGCUAUGGCAGCUAUUAAAGGACAUUUGGAGUGUUUAAAAUAUAGUUUCGAAAACGGAUGUAAUUGGGACGAAACUACGUGCAUGAUGUCAGCAUAUUAUGGACAUCUUAACUGUUUGCAAUAUGCGCAUGACAAUGGUUGCCCAUGGGGCCCUAUGACCAGUAUUUUUGCUGCAAAGUCUGGAAACUUAAAAUGUUUGAUAUAUGCUCAUGAGAAUGGGUGUGCUUGGGAUAUGGGUACAACUUACAAAGCAGCAGAGGAAGGAAAUUUGAAUUGUCUGAAGUAUGCUCAUAAAAAUGGAUGCCCAUGGGAUGAGAAUAUAACCUAUAUUGCUGCAUUUAAUGGUAACCUUAAAUGCUUAAAAUACGCCCAUAAACAUGGAUGCCCAUGGGAUGAAUCAACAAGUUUAGCAUGUGUCAAAAAUGGAUCUUUUAAUUGUUUAUUAUAUGCUCGUCGAAACGGAUGUCCUCUCAAUGGUGUUACACGCAGACUUAUUAUCAAGAAUAAACGGCUAAAAACAAAAACUAAAAAAUUGCUUUUAGGUCUGGAAAUAUGAAAUUACUCAUUAAGUAGUUUUUGUGUUAUUAUUGACUGUGGUCAAUAAUAUUAAAAGUAUUAGUUAUUUUAAAUUUGUUUCCCACAACAAAAUAGCUAAGACCAUUUAAUUCUACAUAACAUUUGACAGUAAAAUUGGUUUUGUUAGUUAAAAGUCAUAAGCCAGAUUUAUAACUCUUCUAUAAGUAUCCAAACUUCAAUUUUUUUUUAUAUAAAAAUAUUUAAUGAAUUUAAUAUGUUUAAGAUUGCAAAAAUAAAUAUUUUUAAAUUUAAAAUAAAAUAAUUAUUGUAUUAUAUUAUCAAAAAAGAGUCUAAA